AUUUUCGCUAACGCUGAGAGUUAGAAACAAAAAUGGCCGAAGUAGAGGGUGAGCAAAGUUCUCCUGGUGUUCUUCAAGAGAUUUUUACCUCGCCUUUAAACUUAAGCUUGUUGUUCCUUUGUUUAUAUCUCCUGUAUAAAAUAUUUCGCGGAGAUAAACCUGCAGAUGUGCCUCAAGCAGAAGAGCCUUUACCCAAACUGAAGAAACAGGACUUCAGUCUGGCUGAGCUGAAGCAGUAUGACGGAGUAACAAACCCGCGGAUUCUCAUGGCGGUUAACGGCAACGUGUUCGAUGUGACCAGAGGAAAGUCGUUCUAUGGUCCAGAGGGCCCUUAUGGGGUCUUUGCAGGCAGGGAUGCUUCUAGAGGAUUGGCUACAUUUUGUCUGGAGCAAGAAGCCAUCAAAGACACACAUGAUGAUCUUUCAGACCUCAACGCCACACAGCAGGAGACCUUGAGCGAUUGGGAGGCCCAGUUCACCCAAAAAUAUCAUCAUGUGGGCAAACUCCUGAAGCCUGGAGAAGAGCCUACAGAGUACACAGAUGACGAGGAAGUAAAGGACAAAAAGAAGGACUAGAUCAGGAGAGACACCCAAUCUGUGCCUUUUAGCUACACCUAUACACCCUAGUGUACUUCUUAGCAUUGUAGUAAACUGAUAAUUGCAGUUCGCUUUGACUCGUUGGUCUGGACCAUCACAUUUUCAAUUUUUAGUAUGCCUCACUGUGAGCUUAAUUUGUCUUUGGAUGUUAAGAAAGGUUUCAGUCAACAUUCCUUCCAGAUGAUGUGAGCAAAUGUUAUGAUUUGUACUAUAUGUAAUGUUAUGACACUACCUGACUGGUGUACUGCAUCUUCACAUUCGGGCCAAAUCAUAUUCUGGGCAUUUUAUGUAACAAUAAUGCUUAAAAUACAAAAGAAUUGUAAUGCACUACAAAUGUCUUUAUACUGGAUCUCAUAAUAUGUUUGCUAAGGAUGUGCCUAUACUUUUUCUACAUGGGUAGACAAUAUAAAACAGUUUGUUUGAGACCUUGUAAUAAAAAAGGUGUCAAACAUGUUGUACUUGGAAAUAUACUUACCAUUAACAGUCA